ACUUAUUUAGUCGCAGGCGCGGCGCAGCUCAGACACGUUCGCUCUCGUUCGUUCGCGCGCGUUAGUUCAAGAUCAACAAUUAACGGUGCGUCGUCGCCCCCUUUCCGAAACCCUGCGAGUGGGAGCGAGACGGCAGACCGCAAGAAAUAGACGCGUGCUGAGGAAAAAACAACACAAACGCAGCGGAGAAACGAUCGCAGACUUUUAUAUAGACAAUAUUUACACUGCCGCUGCAAUUAAAAUUGAUAUCAAUUGAAAAGUAUUUGAAAGAAAUCGGAAACGUGUCGUGCAAGUGGAAAAAUUGUUAUAAAUUAAUAAACAACAAACUGCAAGAAAAUACGCUAAUAACGGGAUCGUAACCGUGGCGAGGGUUCCACACUCAGUGCGAAGCAAGAGAUCGGUCGAGGAAGACGCCCCUCUAUAUAGAACAUCGAUCCCCAGCACCAACAUCAAGAGGCGGACACAUCAAGAUGACAUCACGGGCGCGUCACUGGGCCCGACUGGGCAUCGUCGUUCUUGGGAUCUGCUGCAUUGCCAGUGGGAUUUACCUCUUCCGCAACUUUAUCGAUAUGUUUACACGCGCCCGCGGCAAGGAAAUGGCCCUGACGCCCACAUCACGAUCAUUUGAGGGUUGGAAGGUCUCCCCGCUGCCUCUCAACUUUGAUGUCUACCUCUUUAACUGGACGAAUCCGCAGGACUUUUAUGUGGGAUCAGGCAAAAAGCCGCGAUUCGAACAACUGGGACCCUACCGGUUUCGAGAGCAACCCGACAAGGUGGACAUCGAAUGGCACAAUCAGAACGCUUCAGUGUCGUUCCAUAAGAAAUCCUGGUUCUACUUCGAUGCUGCCGGCAGCAACGGAAGUUUGUCGGAUAUUGUCACUACAGUCAACACAGUAGCCCACGCUGCUGGUAAACGUGCCGCUGAAAACUGGCUUGCGAAAGUUGGAGUAAACAUUGCUAAUAAUGCCUAUGAUCAGGAAGUGACCGUCACGAAAACAGUUGAUGAAAUGCUCUUCAAGGGCUACGAGCACCAAUUCAUAAAAGUGGGCAAGUUCUUUCGCCCCCAAGAUGUUCCCUACACGCGCGUAGGCUUCCAAUACCCGCGUAAUGGCAGUUCCAGCUUCGAUGGAGACAUUAACAUGUUUACCGGUGUCGACGAUAUUGCCAAAAUGGGCCAGAUUCAUACGUGGAAUAAUCUAACCCACACGGGAGCCUUUGAGGGCAGCUGCGGGAAGGUUCACGGUUCCAUGGGCGAGUUCUUUCCGCCCAACCUUAGCACCGAGGACAGCGUCUACAUGUACAUGCCCAAGAUGUGCCGGGCCAUACCGCUGGACUACACGGAAACCGUCACCGUGCAUGGCGUGACCGCCUACAAGUUCAGUGGCACUGCCCACGCCGUGGACAAUGGAACACUGCACCCGGAGACGAGUUGCUACUGCGUCGGCGGCAAGUGUAUGCCCAUCGGAGUGAUCAACAUUGGACCCUGCGCCUUCAACGCAUCCGUCUACAUGUCGUUCCCGCACUUUUACAUGGCGGAUCCCAGCUAUCUGGAGGCCAUCGAAGGUCUGCGACCGGAACGCGAGAAGCACGAGUUUUUCAUGACGCUGGAACCCAAUGCGGGCGUGCCCAUGGACGUGGGCGGUGGCUUCCAGGCCAACUACUACAUGGAGCCCAUUCCGGGUAGCAACCUCUACUCAAAUGUGCCAACGGUCAUGAUUCCCAUGAUGUGGUGCGAGGAACGCGUUCGGGUCUCAGAGGAAAUCGCCGCCGACAUCGCGCUGGUUCCGCUGAUUGUCCUGGUGGGACAGAUUAUAACCGGCAUCCUGCUGGCCGGUGGUCUCAUAUGCACCUGCUGGUACCCGACGCGCCAGGUGACGCACUUCUGUCAAAGCGAUCCCAAGGCCAAGGCCAAGGCCAGUGCCUUUAAUCCUCUGGCCGCCUUUGGAGUAAAUUCAACUGAAGCCACGGCUCCGGUGUGCCAGCUUUUCCGCAACACUACCAGUUCACCGGGCAACGACCGCGUUGGAGUGCGCCUGCUGGAUUAUAAUCGCGAUUCGGGAUUGAGGGAGGAGAGCGGGAUUACGGAGAGCUCGGCCAGGGAACGACUGAUCGGCGAGGACACGCCCGAUGUUUUAGUUAGAUAAUACUUGCGUUGGCAUCAGGCCUUUCUGACGGUGCCACCAACGAUCAUCUGUCUAAGACUCAUUUACGUCGCCGUAGCUUAGAAUAGCAUAAAGUGAUGAAGCCAUUCUGCCUUAACCAUGCCACAGAGGCUGGAACCAAUUGCUCACCGAGGACUUUGCUCCGGAACACAUCGCAUACCACAUUAGCACGCACAUUAGGAGUUCCCUCAACACAUCUGCACGCUCUGCAGACAGCGAGAGAGAUUAAUAAGAUUAUUUAUUUUAGUGCCAAAAAAAAAAAAGCAGAAAACCCAAGCAAAAGUCAUUAACUAUUUUAGUAGGCUAAACUAAACUGUAAAUAGAGCGAGUUGUUAGGCGCCCCAUUAUACGAUCACUCAUUUCCCUAAAUUGUUGAAGCUAAAACUGCGCAUGCCCAAAGUAUUUAUAUUUAUACGAAACUGCAUAACUUUUGUAAGGCGAUAAUUUACGUGUUAAUCAAAGUUGAGAAUGAAGUGAUAAAGAAAACAUAUUGAACAGAACAUAGGGAGCGAGGAGAUUUCACCUUUGCUCAUUUAGUUAGGCUUGAGACUAGGCAAUUCUUGUUUUAAGUCUUGUACAAAUAACACUAACACUGCAAAGAUUUCGCAUAUCCUAUGUAAAUAUGUAUGUCAAUCAGUGUAAGACUUAGAUAGUAGAGCACAGCUGUGAAACCCGGAAAUAUUUCCAAAAAUUCCUUAAGAUAAAUUUAUAGAACAGAAUAAAUAUAAAAACAUAAAAUCAUAAAAUAUGAAUGCCCUACCAUUAAUUUCGAAACAUAUCGUAUUUUGAAUUUAAAGAAGAAUAUAUAAAAUCCAUUUAAUGUUGGGAUUAUAAAUAUGUUGUUGUUAUUAACACAUUUUAUUGUCAAAACACAAUUGAUAAAAUACAUUUUAAAAUGAAAACAUGUUGCUUAUAAACAUUAUUGCCCCUAAAUAAUUUUGAUUACAUCUGUAAGACCUAUGAAUUUUAAAUGAAUAAUAAUUGAAUUGUAAUAUAGUCUAUGAACCCAAUGCGAUUUCCAAAAAUUCCAUUUAACAGAAGAAAAUAAAGCAAUCGAUAUAUUAAAGAUUAACUUUUUAUUACCCAA